AGUCACAGAACUCAACAGUUCGCCAGUUUUGUUAUACGACAAUUUGCAAUUCACACAAUUCUUCCAAACAUCAUUAAAGUUCUCAUUGAACUAUUGAACAUUCCAUGCAAUGAAUCAGAAAUAUCUGAAUUGAUUUGGGAAAAAAGUAUAGUGUUUGAACAAUCUACAAUUUCAUGGUUAUGAAUUUCUUAUCUUGGGGAACAUUUGACUGUGGCCAAAUAGUCCUGCUAAAUGCAUUGAAGAUCUUGGCAGUUAUCUAUGAUGUUGUAACUCUGCCAGUGUAUUUAAUUAUCCAAAAUCCAUGGAAGGCCCGUAGGCUUAAUAGUAUGAAAAAGGCUAUACCCAUAGACCAAGAUGACAAAUCCAUUACAAUUAAAGCCACAAAAAAACCGGGCCGUUUCCACAUUGAACUUGAGGAGGCCAAAAUCGAUACCAUGGCAAAAUUACUUAACUAUGCCCAACAAAAACAUGGUGACAAACAAUGUUUAGGUACUAGAGAGAUUCUUAGAGAAGAAGAUGAAAUACAACAAGAUGGAAAAGUAUUCAAAAAGUAUAUCAUGGGGGACUACCAGUGGAAGUCCUUCAAUGAGGUGAACGAUGAAGCUUUGCGUUUUGGUAGGGGACUUCGCGAAAUGGGAAAUGAACCUGGCAAGAAUGUCGUCAUUUUAGCGGAAACCCGAGCAGAAUGGAUGAUAGCUGCUCACGCCCUCUUCAAGCAAACUAUACCUCUAGUCACUGUUUAUGCGACGCUAGGAGAAGACGGUAUUAUACAUGCGUUCAAUGAAACUGAAGUGACGACGGUUAUUACUAGUUUUAGUUUGCUGGCCAAAUUGAAAAAUAUACUGCCGUCAACUCCAAGAGUGGGUACUGUGAUAUACAUGGAGGAUCAGUUGGAGAGUUUGAAGACUACAGAGGGGUUCAGUGAUGGGGUGAAGAUAGUUAGCUUUGGCCAUGUACUUAAUUUGGGUGCUAAAUCAACGAUAGAGGACCGAUCUCCGACCCCUGAAGACACCGCCAUCAUAAUGUACACCAGUGGCUCCACUGGCAUACCAAAGGGCGUGCGGCUCGUCCACAGGAACAUGAUCACCUCUGUAAAAGGCUUCGCCGACUCGACGGAGAUGUACGAGCGCACCGAGGUGGUGCUCGGCUACCUGCCGCUGGCGCACGUCUUCGAGCUGCUGGUGGAGAACGGGGUUAUCUUCAUGGGCAUCCGGAUCGGGUAUUCCAGCGCUCUCACCAUGCUGGAUUCCUCCAGCAAGAUCAAGAGGGGCGUGCCCGGGGAUGUGUCGGUGUUGCAGCCGACGUUCAUGACCAGCGUGCCGCUAAUCCUGGAUAGAAUUUCGAAAAGCAUAAAUGAAAAAGUCGCCAAGAGCAGUGCUAUCAAAAGGACGAUAUUCAAUUUCGCAUUCGAAUAUAAACUGAGAUGGAAACAACUCGGAUUUUCAACUCCUCUCAUAGAUAGGGUCGUUUUUGGGCCAGUAAAAAAAAUAAUGGGCGGCCGUUUGAGACUUAUAGCAGCAGGUGGAGCUCCGUUGACCCCGGAAACCAACAAAAUAGUAAAAAUGUGUCUUUGUACCGAUAUCAUAGCUGGGUAUGGUCUAACAGAAACAACAUCCUGUGCGACGAAUCAAGACACUUUCGAUCUGUCGUUCGGUAGGGCCGGCGCCCCAAUGACCAUAGCGAAAAUAAUGUUAGUGAAUUGGGAACAGGGUAAUUAUUUCAUCACGGACGAGCCGAAUCCGCGGGGGGAAAUCAUGGUAGGGGGUGAUAACGUGAGUCCGGGCUACUACAAGCUGCCCGACAAAACGAACGAAGACUUUUUCGAACAUAAAGGGUGCAGGUGGUUCAGGACAGGUGACAUUGGUGAGAUCCACCAUGAUGGAAUUGUGAAGAUUAUAGAUCGGAAAAAAGACUUGGUGAAACUGCAAGCCGGCGAAUACGUGUCCUUGGGCAAAGUGGAAUCCCAGCUGAGCACCUGCCCUCUGGUGGAGAGCAUCUGCGUGAUGGGCAACUCGUCGAAGAACUCCUGCGUCGCCCUGGUCGUGCCCCACCACGACAACCUGCUGGCGCUGGCCGCCCAAAAGGGCAUCCGCGCAGGCGUCGUCGACGUACUCUGCAAGGAUUCGCGGAUGUUGGAUGCCGUCCUGGAGGAGAUAUCCGGCCACGGAUUGAAGGGUAAAUUGGAGAAAUUUGAAAUACCAACAAGAAUAACUUUAUUACCACAACCUUGGACUCCAGAAACAGGCCUAGUGACUGCAACUUUCAAAUUGAAGAGGAAAGCAAUCCAGGAUUACUAUGAAAAUGAAAUUGAAAACAUGUAUGCCUCUCUGGAUUAAAAUAAUUGUUAGUUCAAAUAAAAUUUUAUUAUU